AUGACGCUCUUCUCCUCGCUCCCGCCAGAGCUUGUCGCCCAGGUUUGCUCAAACGCAGACACAUCCGAUCUCCAGGCCCUCUCUGCAACAACGGCAUCCAUUCGCGCUUUCGCUAGACUAGCGCUGCUUGACCGCCAUGGUAUUUCGUUAUCGGACAUCAUGGAGGGAGACGUCCAACUCGCGGUGGACCAAUACGCGCUCCUCCCUGUCAUCGCACACAUUGCACCCAUCCGCCGCCUCACCCUCCGACCUGCCUCUGUGUAUGGCAGGAGGCACGGCUCUGAGCUCGCCGCUGUCUUGCAAUCCCUGGAGUCUCCGGUGCUCUGCGUAGACGUCUCGAAUGCCGUGGCAGCCCGCGUCUUCUACAGCGCGCGCGAUAUUGCGGACCUCGUCGUUGGAUGCGUUCCGUCAGGGCAGCAAUCGGGAAUCGUUGUCUUUGCGAUGCCCAUGGGGCUCUAUGUGUCUCGUCGCCGAGUCAGACCUUUGGCAUGGAGAUGGGAAUUAAGCCGAGACUGGGCACCCUGGGUCCCCGAAACGAUCAUCUCUGUGCUCCUAUUCGCGCUCUUUUGUUUGAUGGCGGGUGUCGUCCUGAACGUUUCUCUGCUGCUCGUCGGGAUGCACGACUGCGCUUGCGGUGUGAUGUGGGACGAUCGGGAACGGCUGGCGCAUGAUUUGCAGGUGCAGUCUCAGAAGGGAUGUCUUCGCAAGAGAAGCGGGUUUCUUUCUACAGCAGAUGAGGUCGGCGGCCUUGUGCGAAUCCAACUCUUGCAGAGCUCUGACAAUGGGCUUAUCCCGGUGCUCAUUUUCGAAGAUGUAUUCUGCACAGUGCUCCUGCAUCAUCACCGUACCAUAACUCACCAGCAGCUCUCCGCUAUCCGAAACGCAGUUGUACACGUUUCGUCUUGA